AUGUUCACUAUAAGGGAGGGCCGGAAAGAGGACUGUCGGCAAUUGGUGGACAUGUUUGCGGAGUUGGGCGCACACCAGAAGUCGGCCGCCGAUCCCGACACCAAAUGGACUGACGAUCCGAUAGUUAGUGUCCAACAGUUAGAAGAGGACGGCUUCUGUGCCGAAGAAUCGCAGCGACAGUUCCGCAUAUUUGUGGCCCAAUCGGUGGCCGAUCCGCAGACACUCGUUGGUUACGUAUUGUAUUACCCGAAGUACUCGACGUGGACGGGAAGGGGUGUGUGGAUGGAAAGCCUGUAUGUAAAGAGGGAGUGCAGGGGAACGGGUGCCGGAGUGGCACUCAUGGCCGCAGUGGCCAACAGAGGGCUGAUCGACGGCUGUCAACGCUUUGAGUGGGACUGCUUUGAGUGCAAUCACGGAUCAGUCGCUUUCUACAAGAAGUUGGGACCAAUUGAUAUCACACAUGACGAUCAGACUGUUGUCUUCAGACUCAACGCGCCUGAGAUGAGACAAUUGGCCGCCAGAGCUAACCGAUCAUAA